GCAGGAGAGACGAUGAAUGAGUCAGAUCAUGAAAGAGGCGUAGGAGAAGCGCGGAGUCAACGAGGAGGGCGAGGACGAGGCUGAGCGAACGUCUCGGCGGGAGUCGCCUUAUGCCGCUCGCAUGUGUCACGUCGCGCUAAUUAAAUUCUAACAAGACGUCUAGUCGCUCAAGACGAGAUAUCAGAUCGGUCGGUCAUUUGCACACAUUCGUCUUUGUCGACUUUUCUCUUCUUUCGUCUUUUAAUCCGUGGCAGAUACACGUUUUUACAUAAAUCUUUUCGCGAACGUCGAUUAACCCGGGUCUCGAGGAACCAACGAAAUUCGAAUUUCUCUAGCAGAAAAAGGAGCUAAUGGAGAAAUGAUACUCACAUUGCCGUUCGUACCAUAGACUCUUGGAAUUCGAUGGAAAAUUUCAAACUUGUUCCAAUUGCCACAAUUUUUGCUCAAGAGUAAUCGGCUGUCGCGAUAUGGAAAUCGAUGCGAACAUUAGCGACGUAUUACGCGAAGUGAUAGCAUUUUUGGAAUGCCUUCGCGACGCGCAACUUCCACUUACGCUGGAGAAUCUGCGAGAGAAACUGUUGGCGCGCUCGAGGGAAACUCUAAGCGUUACAACGAUGACUCGAGGGUCCCCGGAACCUUAUCUCGAUAUGAACUCGGGUCCGAAAAGCCUAUUGUUAAGGAAGAACGAAAUCGACUCAGAGGAAUACAUAGGAAUGGAAGAAUCUAAGAAGCAGAAUCAUCAGGAUUAUAUAUAUAAUUAUGAAACCUUCCAAAACGAAGAUGAAAUUGUCGCUGAGGACGAAUGUGCCGAGCAAAACGACGACGAAACGGAGGAAGGCCAAACGUUAAUUAGGAUCUAUAAGAACCUAUCGGCGGCGCAGAUCAAAAGCAAGUGUCACAAGUGCGGUCCGCUAUACAAGAAGGAAGGGAAGAAGCUGUUCUUAUCGGAGAGCCGUGCCUGCUGGAUCGCGCUCGUCGGAUCACAUUUGCUCGUUUAUCGGAGCGAACGACACAAUCGACCGUACGCGAUUUAUCCUAUUCGCGGAUACAUGGCUCGAGCGGCGCCGAAUUUAAUAUCGCGUUCUCGCGAUAGGCAAAAGAGCGAAUCUGCUUUCGAAAUGUACCGCCCGGGGAACGAAACAUUACGUUUCAUCGCGAGAACGCCUAAGGACAUGGACCAAUGGAUAACAAAGAUCUGCGAAGUGGGUUGCGCGAAAAACGCGAAGAACAAAACGGAAACCCGCAGAAAACGACGAAUCCUCGUCACCGAAUCCCUGAUAGAUUCCAACGAGAUCACGAUCCGGUAUCGAGACGCAGAAGAAUCGAUCGUUGACAAGCCAACGAUUAAAGGCGAAUUGGCAAAUAAUAAAGACGAAGAGGUCGAGCAAAUAAGGGAUAGAAUCGGAAGCCCGCCUCCCUUACCUACCCGGAUACCGCGAAGGUUACCCUCUUUACCUCCUGACAACGAUACGAUACCUUCCUACAGAGCGGCCAUCGAGGAUGACGAUGACGACGAUGAUAUUUAUCACAAGAUCGAAGAUUUGAGAAAUGGAACGCGUUAUCAGAAUAUGGUACUGUCGAGGAAACAAAGAGCCGAUGAGAAGCCAGAAGUCGUCGCGUAUGAUGAUGUUUACGCACCCGAGGAAACUAAUAACGAAGAAGAGAUGCGGAAGGAAAGAUCUUGCGAUGCGAUACUAUCUGAGGAGACGUACGACGAUAUCGUCGUUCUUUCGCGAAUCAACGCUAUUAACGCAAACAACGAACGGCAGAAUCACGAUCGUCCUAUCGUCGACGAAGAAGAACGCGAAGACUUUUACGACGACGUGGAAAAUUUGAUUUCAAACGAGAAAUUUGCCAAAGACCGUGCAAAGGAUCAAAUUGAAAUAUCAAGCAAAUCACCGCAGAAGAAGUCUUUUCUGGAUAGAGUUUUAAGUAGAAAGGAAUCGCCCGGCAAAUCGGACAAGAGAUAUAAAGGAAAAGCUUCAUCGAGUCCCCCGCCGGUCUUGCCUAAGGAAGAAAUGUCUACUUACGACGAUGCGUCCGAUCUGACGCCGAAUCGUGAAUCUUUAGCGGAUGAAGGGGAAGAAUUGUCGGAAUACAACUGUCCUCCCCCACCUAGGCCAGUUUAUACGACAUCGACAAUCCUAAACGGUCCUAAUCGAAUCGAAGAAUUUUACGAUGAUGUUAAUGCCUAUAAAAAUAAGCAAACGAACCUGCGAUCGUUGCAGGAGUCGGGUGUGAAAACUACGAUAAGAAAGGAAAAUACGAGUAAUGCUAACAUGAGACUGGAGGCGAACAACGAUCCUUUCCGGGAAGAGAUCGAACAUUAUCAGUCGCCGAGGAGUGAUUUAUGUAUUCAUGAUACUGCGAAGAUUGAGGAAAAUGAAGAAUUAUACGAUGAUAUAGCGCUAUGGGUGGAUUUCACGGCGCGACAAAAAGACAUUAGCGAGAAAAAGGAGGCGAACGAAGACUCAACGAAAUCGAUCAUCAAUUUCGAUAAAAGAUCGUGGAAUCGGUUUACUGUCAACAGAAAAUCGCGAACAAGCGAUUCCAUCGAGACGAAUAGACGAAGCGGCGCAAACGAGUGCGAGGAGAUCGAGGAUUCCUGCGAAGGAAACGGCGCGGCCAAGAGGAAUACCUUUAAGAAAUUGAUUAGCAGAAUGGAAAAUUCUUUAGCCAAAGUUUCCGCGAGAGGAAAUCCGUCCUCCCUUCCGACAGGCAAAUCGAGUACAGUAAACAAUAAUUCAUAAAAGUGUCAUCGGAAUUUAUGUGUAUUUAAUUUGAGAGAAUCUAUAAUUUUACCGACUAUAUACGUAAAGAUAUACGUAAAGAUAUACGUAUAGAUAUACAUGCAUUAAAUAAUUUUAAUAAUAUUUAAUUAUUUUCCUGUACACGCAUUCUACAUGCUUAUCUUUGGCUAUGCAUAACGAAAUCGAAACAAGUUUGGCCAAGAAAUUUAGAUCAUAGUUGGUCUAAAAUCGAGCGUAAUUCAAAAAAGGAAGCAAAAAACUUUGAAUAUAACGAGAGCACGACAACAUGCACAUUCUCUCUUUUUUAGGAGCGCAACAAUUAAGAGAAAGUAACAAAAUAAAAGAGAAUGUAAUAGAGAGAAAAAAUAUCUCUCAAAACAUUGACAUAAGUCUCUUAAAUAUAAAGUCUCGCGAUAUAUGUAUUCUAAUUUGAUAGCAAUUCAGUUAUGUUUGUAUUUUGUUUGUUAUUCAUUUAUAAGAUAAACUGACUUGUAUCGAAGUUAUAUAUAAUUUAAAUAGUGAUAAUGCAACGGAAAAUAUACCUUCUUUGACAAUAUUUUUACUAAUAUUCUUCCUUCCGUGAUUUUUUUAUCAUAUUUCUAUAGUACUCUUCAAUUAAUGUAUUUU